ACAGCCAUAGUGCACUGGCACGAUGAGCAGGGAGCAGGGCUUUGACCGUGAACUUCACAUCUGAGAGUGUGCUGUAGUAAGAGCCAGCAAUCACUUUGCCAUGACUUUGUGAAACAUGUGUACAUGAAAAACAUUUACAUCACAUCUCUAAACUUAAACUUUUCAAAGUAAGUAGCUGAUAAUCGCAGUAACAAUGUUCGUUUGAUGCAUUAAGAGUGUAAUGAAGGCCUUCAUGGUGGCUUAUAAUUUAAGUUCAUUGUAAUGCCAUUAUUAACUACGUGUUUGCUUUCAAUACACUGCCCCACUUGUAUUAGAAGGUAAAUUACAUGAUCACAAUUUCCCUAUUUCUGCUUAGGUGAGAAGCCUGGCAUUAAGUCCUUACGUUAUGAAAACUGUGUGACCAACUUUGUUAACAUAACUGGCGCAAUCAUAAAUGGUUCUAACAUAUUUUCGAUUCUGGCAUUUAAUGUCUGUAGUCAAUGUUGGGACCUUUGAAUGACGGUGACAGAGGGCUGGGGUCAGCAGGACCAUCUUUCCAGGGUCUCACAUUGACAGGGACAUCACACUGACAUAAACAGUAGACAGUCAUUGGCUGGGCCUCUCAGUGACAGAGGGUUUCGUUGGCAGGACCAUCUUUCCGGUGCCUCACAUUGACAGGGACUUCACACUGACACAAAUCUUAGAUUGAAAUAUUUCUUUGUUAUUGUGCAUGCACAUCCAGUGGCUUAAAGUCAUAAGUAAAUUUCAGUGUUUUUUAUGUUGAAGUCAGUAAUUUGAAGUUUAGUUAAAACUUUGGUGUCUUCAAUUCAAUUUAUAUACAUAAAUAAUUUAUUAUCUGUGACAUCCAGUCAAUGAUGCCAAAACUCACACCCUUCAACUUAAAAGGCAGUUGUGAAUUUGUCAUUAUACUGUGGUAAGGGUAUGAUAAAUCAAAAGGGGGCCUAAAAAAUAAUUAAAAUUGUGAUCCUGUAUUCACUUGACCCAUGAAAUGACCAGAACAUUUUUGUUACUGUUUCAGAAAAACCAUGUUCAAAUUACAGGAGUAAAUAUUCUGGAAUCAAAUGUAUUUUAUUUUCUCAUUCUACUUAUAAGGAUUGUAAGGAAAACAUUUUUCAUUCUCUAUUUUUCCAUUGUUUGGGAGUGAUGUGUGGGGGAGGGGGGUCCCUUAUUUACCAACAUGUUUAUACUAUUUUAAUAAAGUCUUAAUUUCAAUCAAUUUACAUUGUUCAGCAUCAAAUUUUAGGCUAAAGAUGGCAACCAACAUUGAACAAUUGAAGACUGAUGCAGAAGAAUUGUUGAAAUCUGGCAACUUCCCUGAUGCUGUGAUUAAGUACUCUCAACUGUUGCAGGCUGACCCCAAGAAUUGUGUAAAGUGAGUUAUAUUAUUAUAAUCUAUGUAAAGAGAGAGAUAGAGAAUAGAUGAGUGGAAGGAUGUUAUCAGUAAAACAAGUUAGUCUUAAAUACAUGGUGAUCUUGGAUCUAAUAAAUAUUAUAUCAAAGGGUUAGCAAAUUAAUAUAGCCAGCUCAAUGUGCAUUUCAACAAAUGAAGUAUCACCAAAGACUACUAAAGAGUCUAAAGUCUAGGCCUACCUUUUGUAAGAUGUUAGUUGGACUCAGAAACAACUUUCCAACCAGAUUUUCUAAAUAAGCAAAGGUUACCUCGUGACAUGGUUUGAAUUGAACUGUUAAAUAAAUAAAAUUUCAAUCUAAUAGCAAACAAAAUAUUUUCACAUUUUCUUAUGAUUAUCUAUGUUGUUUUCAGAAAACAUACCAAAGUAUUUUUUUUAAACAUCAGAUUAUUUUAGAGGGUUUUAAAAUGACUUCAUAUAAAUGGCUAAAAAGCAGUUUUAAAAUGACCUUAGGAUAAAUGGCUAAAAAACACUUUCUCUUACUUGUUUUGACUGUUGUGACAAAUCUUUCUUUUUAAAUAUCUGAUUUAUUUCAAAUAUGCACAUCAUAAACUUCAGAGUUCUAUGUGAACGAGCUAAAUGUUACAUUGAGCUGGGGGAUUGGAGCAAAGCACUAGAGGAUGGAAGGAUGGCUCUUGAUAAUGAGAAAAAGAAUCCAGAAGAUGGAAGCAUGGAGCAGACAUCUAAGAGUAAAAUUAUUGAAGCAUCUAUACUUUGUGGAAAGGUAAUAAUUAUCUUAUCUAUAUGUUUCUUAAAUUUUUCUUACAUGAUCUGUUUCAUUUUAAAUACCUAAUCCUGUGGGUAUGGGAAAGCAAGGAUUUAACACAAAGUUUAAUUUUUUUUAACAACUGACACUGGUCAACUAUAUUUCACAUGGAUUAGCAGUGUCAGUCAAGUAAUUUAUUUCUUUGAUAACCUUUGUUUUUAAAUUUAGGCCUGCUCACAACUUGGUCUUUUCAUUGAGUCCCUUGGAUAUUUCAAAGAGGGCUUAAAAGUUGACCCUAAAAAUCAAGUCAUCACAGAGGAGUUGAAAAAAUUACAAAAUGUCAUCCUGAAGGUAAAACCCAUUUUCGAAAAUCAUAUUACUUUUAAUUUCCCCCAUUUUUAUGUGCACCAACAUAAGAUAUGAAAAGUAAUAAGUGUGAUGAAAGAUCAUGUAAGACAGCUUGUCAGAAUAUGUUCAUCUUGAAAUGUGUACAUCCAUAGUAAUUAAUGUAUUGUGUACAGGGUCACUCCUGUAAGAUUAAUUAUAUUAAUAAAUACACUCACAGAUUGAUAAAUCAUGAAAAAUGCAUCUAAACAAAUUUCAUAAAUGUAAAUUUAGGUUGGUUUGUGAUGUUAACUUGAUAAUUUUUAACAGGAGCAGCAAGAACAUUCAGAGACUCAAGACUGCACUUAUUCAGCUGUGUCUCUCUGCUCACAAAGUGUGUAUCCUGGUGAUGACCAGCUGCUGAACAUGGAGAAAGAAAUUUUGUCCAUCAAGUACAAAAUACUGGAUGAUGAUUAUUACAAAAUGGACAAGAAUACACACAUAAUGGUAAGUUUAGAUAUUUCUAGGUUCUUACUUAUUUUAUAUCGCAAAUAUAUAUUGUAUUAAAUCUAGAAACUUUGUAUUAUUUUAUGCUAAAUUUUUUGCUUUUGUUACAGAAAGACCCCCAGCUUGAGGCCCAGUUAGUACAGGCAGCUUAUGAAUGUUUAUCGUCAGAUCAACUUAAUGAUUCCCUCACUUUAAUAUCUAAGGCUGUGAGCAUGGAUCCAGGCAAUGUAUUCUACAGAACAUUCAGGGCCCAGGUUUGAGACUGCCUAUAUACAAAAAAGUUCACUAACAUGUUUACUGAAUACUUAAUAAUAUUGUCUGUACAGAUGGAGCUUUUUCUUUAGGAGCAAACCAUAAAUGAUGUCACACUAUUUCAGCAGAUUUUUUUUACCCCGCUCCCUCACAAAUUAAUAGUCACAAAAUUUAGACUACCCCACUGCACAUCAUCACACACAAAUUAAUAGUCACAAAAUUUAGACUACCCCACUGCACAUCAUCACAAAUUCAUGACCCCCCCCCCAUCAUUUAUGAUAUCCCCUUAUGUGCUAUUAGUUUUAAAAGUAGUUAAUUCUCUCCAGUUAGCUUGUAAAGUGAUAGUUUCCAUUGGACACCUCAUUGUAUAUUUUUAUUUGGCAUUAUUUAUUUCAUUUAUGUCACCAUUAAAAAUUACAUGAAAGAAAAUUAAAUGUUUUUAAAAUGAGAUAAAAGAAACUGAUAAAUAUUUCUUGUUUUAAUAAACCAAUUAAUGAUCUCAAAUAUAAGAUUAGACUACCCCACUUUGCACAUAUGUACAGGAAUUUUUUAAAAUUCAGAAAAUGGUUUAAAAAAUGAACAAUCAAUGAUCAUGUUUGUUUUUGUUUUUUUAUAUUUGUACAGGGCCAAGAAUGACACUGCCAGCAGUUUCUUAUUUGUUAGAAAGAAUUUUGUCCUGUUACGUUAUAUCAUGUUAUCUGAUUUAAAUCCCAUUCAAUCCUAGGUCUACUUUAAUUUAAAGCUGUGGCACAAAGUCAUUCAGGAUUAUUGGAUCAUCCCAAAAGCUUUGAGAAAACCAGAUGUGUGGAAACAAGGAGGUUACUUCAUCUUUGGUUUUGUAGAAGAGCAUAAUUUAUUUUACUUAUUUAUUUAAUAAUUUGUCAUUCUUGUUAGCUAUUUCAAUUUUUUUUAAAUGCCAAUGGUACAACAAUAAUGCUAAAUCAAAAUUCAAGUUCAUCUUGAAAUAACUACAGAUGUUUCAGUUAUUACCCUGGGUAGAGACAUAGUGCUAAACACUGAUCCAAGCUAUUAGGAUAGCUGAGACCGCAGUUGCCCCCUAGUAAUUGCAAUGCUCAAAGAUUUAGCUAUCCAUCUGAAAAUAAUUACCUUUACUCGUUUGUUUAGGCAAAGCUUUAAUGGAACUGUGGCUUCCAGUUUUGGCGGAAUUUUGGCUCCGCAAAGCUACUCAACUUACAGGAGGAAAAGAUGAAGAAGCUGCUAUUCUUUUUCAAAAAGUUAGGGUCAAAAGACUUUAUGACCCUCUUACAGAAGAUCAACCUAUCAAAAUUGAUUUCACUCAGUUUGGCAGAGCUGUAUUUGCAAAGAGUAAGUCACCAGCACCAUUUUGCAAUCAAUCCUUUUUUCCCCUUCAGAAUUGUGUUCUUUCUUAAAUAUUCUUUCCAAUAUUUUUGUGUAGUUAAAAUUCAUCACUAAGUCCAACACAUGAUAUGUAUGAAAAGUAAAAUUACAUUUUUUUUAGCUACUGAUAUCCAAAACAUGUUUAAUUUAAUUUUUUUCAGUUUGAAUUAUAGUCCAAAGAAUUGAUUCAUUCAAAAUAUAUUUUUAAAAAGUAGUGCUUUAUUUGAUUUGCACUACUAUCAGUUUGUGGUGCAAAUAAAUAAUUCACUAGCACUAUAAAAGUUGCCUUUGGUUUACAUGUUAAUAGGGAAAAAACACAAUCAAAUACAAAUUCUGUCAUAUAAUGUCAAAAACCUUUUUAAUUAGCCAACUCUUUCAUGAUUUUCGCAGGGGGGAAUUGUUUCAACCUUGACCUCAUGACUGACCAUCAGCUAGGCCUACUUUGAUAUCUCUUCAGUUUUAAAAGUUAUUAAGGACAGAAUGGGUUUUAUGUAAGGUAGAGAAUUUUAUCCCAGGGUUUGGACAGGAAAUCCUAUGAAAAUGGGAAGAACUAGCACCUAACUUUUUUUCCUGCUAUUUAAAAAGCUGGACUAUUGACCCAAGCCACUAAAAAUCUGCUCUUGCUCAUUAUUACAGAAGACAUAGCGAAAGGUGAGACAGUGAUGACUGACAUACCAAUGGUGAUGGCGCAGUCUCUUGGCUCCAGACACAUACCAGCUUGCUUUAACUGUGCUGUUUCUCUGAUUACUCCCCAAGUUUACUUCAAGGAGAAGUAAGAAAAAUUAAGCUUUUUUCCCUUAAUUUAGCAUAAUAUAAUGGAAUAUAAAAAUAAUAAAAAUCCCUAUUAAAGAGUCUAUAGCUUAUGCGUCUUGUUGGAGAAUUUUUUUACUUUAUGAAUUAGUUAAAUCAUCCUUUUUUUUAAUUAGUCAAAUAAUUUUGUAAAUACUAAAGCUUAAAAAUCCCAGGUGUUGCGGAAUGAUAUUUACUAAAGUGCUUUCCGAUUCUUUAUACAAAUAAAAAUUUGCAAGAUUAUUAAUGAUUAAGUUCAUUUUUAAGCACAUUUUUGCCUUUGAAAAGUAGUCCAUUUCAAUGAAAGUUUAGCUCAAAAUAAAUUACUAGGACUUAACCAGGUGCAGUUUUUUUUUAAACGGGUCAAGGUAUUUUGAGAAAAUACCCUAUGGGUCCAAGCAGUAGUGGUUAACGGUACAAGCUCCUCCUUUGUGAAUGUGAAGUCAAGGGUCCCCCAGGGAUCAGCGUUAGGCCCCUGUUUGUUCCUAGCAUACAUAAAUGGCCUACCCAAGAAACUGACAUCCCAAGCAAGACUGUUCGCAGCGACACAGCGGUGUAUAGGACGAUUGCCAACAGAUCUGACCAGGACUAGCUACAACAGGAUCUCAAUCGGUUAGCUGAGUGGGAGAUGAGCUGGGAUAUGGAAUUUCACCCUGCCAAGUGCCAGACACUAUCAGUCUCUAGAAGUUGUACUCCUGUACACUACCAAUACGAACUGCAAGGCCAUAUACUUGAGAGAGUUUCCUCAGUAAAGUUCUUGGGUGUUACAUUCAAAGAGAGGUCAGCUGGGACGAGCAUAUUAACAAUGUGUGUAACCAAGCAAAAGAUUGGCAACUCCUGUGUAAAAGAAAGAGCAUAAAAAGCCUUUGUCCGUCCGAUUUUAGAUUAUGCAUCUUCAGUCUGGGACCCAUUUACCCAGAAGAGCAUUGACAGGUUGGAGGCGAACAAGCAACGGGCGGCUCGCUUUGUCUUGAACCGAUACAGGAAUACCUCUAGUGUUGGAAGUAUGCUGGAAACACUAGGCUGGUCACCAUAGGAGGAACGACGACGAUAAUCCAGGCUCUCCAUGAUGUACAAAAUAAAUAAUGGGCUGGUCCACUGUUCCAGUAUUAAACAGAAACUCGUCCCUCUUCCCCAUAGACUGCGAUGAGGCCAUGACAGGCAAUUGCGGCUCAUACCAGCAAGAACCCAGUAUAGGAAUUGCUCAUUCCUGCCCAAGACAAUCAGGGACUGGAACAAGCUUUCAAAAGAAACAGUUGAGGUGACAACACUAGACACAUUUGCGUCCAUUGCCUCAGGCCUUCCAACUCCCAUUGCAUGAUUCCUUCACAAAGUAGCACUUGUAAUCAUUGAAAUAUCCUCAUCAGCACCAGGCACAGACACAUUGCAAAUCCCCUCUACAUGCAUAGGAGCCAAAAUGAUCAAUAUAUUGAUCGUGGGCCCUUAAUAUAUAGAAGAAGAAGUGUUACAAAAAAAGAGCUCACUUCUCAUUUUCUAUAAUAUAUGCUGGCCUUUAAACAAUAGGCCUACAGGCAGUCCUACACCCUACCUGCCAACUGUUAAACAAUAGGCUUACAGACAGUCCUACACCCUAACUAUCCACCUUUAUAUAAUAGUACUGAAGACAAGCCUACACCAUACCCAUCUUUUAUUGAUUAAUUUGAUAGUCACCUCCCCUGAAUCAAAAGAACACCUGAGUUCAGACAUCAUGCAGAAAAGCUUGCUGCAUGACAGCCUUUUUUUUUUCCACACACACUGUUAAAAUAAAACAUGUGGAGUUGGAGAAUGGCCAGUUGUGAAGUGCAAGCAGGACAAACCAGAAGCAAAAUAUACAAAAGAGAUAAUUUCAUAAUUGUAACCUACUUGAGCAUGCCUAUAAACAUUACUAUUACACAAUCUUUUCCCACAGACUUUUGAUGAUGGAAAGGGAUCAACUCAACCUGAUAGAAGAGUACUGGCCAAAUGUGGCCGUUGAAGAGUGUCCUCAUUGUGGAAAGGAAAAAUACUGUAGCAAAAUUUGUAGGAAUGAGGUGCAGUACAGUUUUUUUAGAAGAAAUAAACUGGAUGCUGAUACAAAUAAAACAACAAUCACAAAGAUAUUAAUCUGUUGGAAAUCAAAACAAUAAUUUACUUUUAAUAAAUUUUUUCAAAAAGUCCAUUCAGUCUUGAACAGUCUAGAAUAAAAGUUCUAGGGAGCUCUGGGAAGGAUUCAAGUAGCAAUAGCAGUAUUAAAUAAAUGACAAAUGUGUACUUUUCUAUGUGGGAUAAAAAUCAGUGUAUUGUGUGAUUCUUUCCCUCUUAAUUUUUCAGAUGCUUUCAUCAAUUAUUAUUAAUAGGUAAUUAAAAUCUUGUUUUAAACUAAACAUUUUUUUAAAAGAUGUAAUGCGAAAAAGAAUUCUAAUUAUUCAAAAUACAGUAUAUUUAAAAUAAUUUAGCUUUUCAUCUUUUGUUAGGCUUGGGACACGUAUCAUCGUAUAGUCUGCCCCAGUGUUAACCCUGCAGCCAAACAGAUUUAUGACUUGUGUGAGAACAAAGGCUAUGGUCACACGGCUGAUGGGGUGUGGACUGAAAUUUGGGGUGGUCAUUACAGGUAAGACAUUUAAUCUACUAAAGAUUGAUUUCUUAUUGAUUUAUUAGAGACACAAAAAUUUGGGAAAGUAAAGCAGUAAGGUUAAGUUUUAAUUAAAGGUCAAAUACAUCUCUGAUGUAGCAGAUAUCAUACCACAGGUUUGUCAAAUGUUUAGCGGCUAUAUGCUAAACAUCAUGUGUUGAGCUUUUAAGAGCUGAUCAACAUCAUGACUUAUAUUUCUCUGUGUAUAAAAGAAAGUAUGGUGUAAUGAUGAGAUCAGUAGCAUACACAAUAAAAUUCCAGGUAACUGCUAAAUGAGAUUGUUAAAAAAACACAAAUGUGUUUGGUGCAUAAUAUUUUCUUCUGUUGUAUGUGAUUAUAGUCUCAAUUUAAAUAUAAUGCAAUAAAUUUGCAGUCUAAAAGGGGUGGGUCAUUAGAAUAUAAAUAUAAUUCAUGGGCUUGAAAAAGUGUUAGGUUGCAUAUCUAGGGGGAGUCAGCACUAACGGGGAUAUUUAUAAAGUGAGUUACUUGAAUGUAACUUAAAUAGAGGGGAAGUCCAUGCAUUGCCACCACCAUUUUUGCCAAAUCUCUGUGCUGCUACAGCCCAUGUAGGGCUUUGGCCUGCCUCACCACUUCCUUCCACUCAUGCUGAUGCUUUUCUUUCCCAAGCAUGGAUUCUGAGCUUCUGUAGAUCUUUUUCCACAUCAUCCCUCCAUCUAAGCAUAGGCCGGCCUUUGAACCGUUUUCCUCUGGGGUUUUGGUGGUGCACCCUCUUCACUCCUCUGUCAAUUGGCAUUCUUGCUAAGUGUCCAGCCCAGUGUAACCUGCCUUUUUUAUUUCUGCUACUAAAAAGGGAUCCUGAUAUAGACUAUACAGUUCCUAGCUGAUUUGUAUACUCCAUAAUAUACAUCCUUUGUUGGUCCAUAUAUUUUCUGAGAACUUUUAUCUUACAUGUGUUUAAUAGAUUUUCUGCCAUUUUUGUUAGGGUCCAAGUUUCACUUGUGUAUUUUACAGACCUAUUACCGAUUACAGUUUUAUUUAUAGUUUUGUUUUUCUUGUCAUGUUUAUACUUUUGAGUAAUUUCUUAAUACUAAAGUAUGCCCAGUUUCCAGCCCAUAUUCUUUCCUUUAUUUCUUUUAGUAAUUUAUUUCUGUCAUUUAUUAAGGAUCCUAGGUAUUUGAAUUGAUUUACGUUUUCAAAAGUGUGUUUUCUAAUUUUAAUGGUUUCAUCAACCUUUUCUUCUGUUUUGUUUUUUGGUUGUUAACUUCCAGCCCUUUUGAUAGUGAUGCUUCUUCUAAUUAAAUAAAAGCUUUAGAUAUAACUUUACUACUUUUCCUUAACAGUGCUAUGUCAUCAGCAUAGGCAAGAUACAGAAGGGGUUGGUUGUAGAGACUCCCAAUGGGUUAUGAGCCUUGGAUUUUCCUCAGAAAGUGUCCUGUUAUUGUUCGUCGGGUGUCAAUGUGUAUUCUUCCUAUAACUCUCUCAAAUGUUAGGUUAAAUAGCAUACAAGACAGUAAGUCUCCUUGUCUUAGGCCUCAUCUAAUCUGAAAUUCCCUUGAAUAUUCUCCCUGAACUUUGAUUUUGCCAUAACUAGUUUCAUAUAAAAACUGAGCUUCCAUUUUAUUACUGCUGGUAUCUGACUAAAGAAAUCUUAGAUUAUCUCAUACUGCUUCUCUUUACAGAGAAGUGUUUAGCCUUUAACCCAUGCUUUCAUUUUAACAAGUUCCAAAUGAGUAUGCUUUCAUUGUUUGUUUUUUUCCCUUGAUGUAACAAGCCCUAUGAUCCUAGUUAAGCUGUGGUCAAUUAUUGCUUCACAAGUUCGAGACAUGAUGGAGAAAGACAAAGCCGCUGUUCCAACCAUAGAGCACUGGGCCAGAGCUAAGGCGCCUUUCAGAAGGUAUUCUUCCCAUCUUCAAAAUAGUUUUUUUAAAAGACUUAUUUUUAGUGUAAUAAUUAUCUAAUAAAUAUUGCAAUUCUUAUGCAAUGGACACCUUUGAUUUUUAGCCAAUAAAUUUCUAUUGCAUUAGCAUUACCAUUCCCCCAACCAUUGCACAGAUGCAAGUAUAUGGAUGCAACAACGAACACUACCAUACGAGAACCAGAUAUAAACUCUACUUAUAAAUGGACAAUUAAGAUAUAUUUAUGUGCUUAAAUAAUUGUAUGACCCUUUGAAAAAUUAAUAUUCAUAUUUUCAUUAUACAUUUUCUUAUUAAAAUAUUCAUCCGUUUUCUUUUUUUUUUUUUUUCUUUUUUUUUUAAAAUAAACUUUUUAAAUCCUUUUUUAAUAUUUUUUGCCUUUGGCACGAUUUCGGCAUUCAAACGUUUGCCUCACCUUUUGCCUGUGUUCCAGUCUGUGUUUGUUUUUCUUUUUACAUUUUCUUUUUAAAUUAUUUUUCUUUUUUUUUUUUUUUUUUUUCUUUUUUUUUUAAAAUAAACUUUUUACAUCCAUUUUACAGAUUUAUUGCCUAUGGCACGAUUCCGGCAAUCAAACGUUUGCCUCACAUGUUGCCUGUGUUCCAGUCUGUGUUUGCCAACUGUGGAGGAGGACUGACUUAUAAUAUUACAGAGGAGGAGUUUAAUGGUCGCUAUUAUCAGGCUGCUUGCAAUUUGCAAUGUUUCUCCCCAUCCAUUACACCAUAUCAUAGAUUUAUGGAUAACAUCAAAGAAGAUAUGCGGGCCGUAGGUUUUUAGAGUAAUAUUAUAAGAAAUUAUUCAUUUAGCAUAAGCUUUUUAAAAAAAUCAUCCCUUUUUUCUAUAAUAUGCAUGUGUACUAAUAGUAUGACUUAGGGGCCAUCCAUAAAUGACAUCAUGCAAAUUUCACCCCCACUCCCCAUCAUCACAAAUCGUCACAAAACAUUAGACCCCACUUCCAAUAUAACAUCACAAACCUCUGCACCCCCUCUACCCAAUACAAAUGCCUCUGUCCUCUACUGUUCUUUACAAGCCCUUACAAAAAUCACCUCCCAUGGAUAUCAAAUCACUGCACCUGUGUCAGAAACAUUUCCCUAGAACAGUGGUUCUUAAACAUGGUGGUGCGGAAGAUGGAUAAUAUAUAAAUUUCAUUUGCUGCUAUCGCUAGUUGUUUUUACCUUUAAAAAUAAAAUCAGUUUUUAUGCAUUUUGAAGAGCAGCAGUAAAUGUUUUUUCUGGUGAAUUUUGUUUGUGCCUUACUUGUAUUGUUUUUUUUUCUCUUGAAUCUAGAAAGUUAAUUAAACAAAUAAAACAAUAUAUAAUAUUUAAUUAUUUUCAUUAAAAAAAUGUUAUUCCUAUUCAAAUUGUAGGGGAGUGGGGAGGAUUGCAGGAAAUGUUUAGAAUUUGAGAGAAGAUGCAGCACUGCAUCUAAGAAUAUCUGGCACAGAACAUUUACUAACCCCCCCCCCCCUUUCCCAGUUAUAUAUCGUUCCAUCUCACUUCCCACCCAAUUCUAUGAAUCCCAUCUCCACAUUUUGACAUAAAUUCUCACGACUGUCACUACACCCAGAUUCUCCCCCUCUGUAGCAUCCUGUAAGUUGAUAAGAUGCCAUUUCUUGGACCUCUCAUACCUGUACUGAUUUUCUGAGUGAUCGUAGUUUAAAAAUAAAAUAAUUAUAAUUUUCUUAUAAAAGAAUAAUGUUAAAAAAGUCUGUGAUUUAGUGUUAUUAAGUGCAUUCUUUUUACUAUAAUGUUCCAUUUUUUUUUGGUGACAUUACGUUGCUUUAACCCCCCCUCCCCCUCAUCACAUAUCAUCACAAAAAUGUAACCCCACUCCCCCAUAGACUCAUGACAUCAUUUAUGCAUGACCCCUGGUUUGGAAUUUUAAAUAUACAUUUUUUUAACUUUACGAAGUUGAUAAUAUUCAUGAGCAACAGCUUGCAGGCAUAAAAUUUAAUUUGUCACUUUUCCCCUGCUACUAUGGUUUCAUUCAUGUUUGAUCUACAUCUAGGUUGGCAUGAUCAAAUACUUGUCAGACAGGCCACCUGAAGCUCAGUUUGCUGCAAUGUGUCCUCUCCAUGCCUGCAGCAACCACUCUUGCUUCAAUAAUUCUGAAGUGUGUGACCUUGACAUCAAUGGGAGACCAGGAAUCCAGAUGAUUGCACGAAGGGAUAUUAAGUACUGUGACUUUCAAAAGUGUUUAUGUAAAAUGUUAAUUAAUUGUGGAAACAAUACACCAAGGGGAAUGCAAUCAAUCAGAACAUCUUAAUUAUUGAAAUUAUAUAUUCAUUCAAUUAAUAUAUUAAUAAUUUGGUUACAUGAGAUACAGUACUUCAAUUUAUUUAAGUCCUCCAUCAUUAUAAUUCAUUACUUUAAAAAAUUGAAGUUUUCAUGGUUGAUGUUUCUCCUAUUUUCUUGCUCAUUUCAGAAAAGGUGAAGAGAUUUUGAUUACUUAUAUUGAUACAUCAAUGCCCAAACUUCUGAGAAAAGCUUGGCUUUAUAAGUCUUUCAACUUCUGGUGCUCCUGCCAACGUUGCCAGUUUGAAGGAGAGCAGCCAAACGAAUGCACCAACUGCCACAUCAAAGCACCAGAGGGGAAGAAUUUCUCAGCAUGUGGCAAAUGUAAGCGAGCAUGGUACUGUGGUGUAACUUGCCAGAAAGACGCCUGGAAAAAAGGCCAUAAAAUAAUUUGCCUGACAGAUCACUCACAGGUAAAUAGUCCUGAAGGCUACACACCAAAAUAGUUUUAUUAUAGCUGUGAUUGAUGGUGUUGUUUUGGUCUAAGAUUUGUUAAAAAUUCAAUCCAUCAAGAAGUGCAACUCAGCUGAGAACUCAAAGGUAUUUGAAGCCUGUUCCACCGUGGAUGGAAAUAGUCUCAUAGAACACAAUGUCAGAAACUUAGAAACACUUCAAAUGUUGAUAAUGUUAAAUUAUUUAAUGGAACAGGCUUUCACAUUUCUUUGAACUUGUUUUGAAUAUGCAUUGAUCAUUGAAGCAAAGCUUUACAAUAGAUAAUAGUUGAUGAAAUAUGUGUGCUAUUGUAUAUGAUUAGUGGUACACCAAAUGGGACUAUAGAACUCCUUACAUGUACUUUGUUUGUAGAUUACUUGUACAUUAAAAAAAAUCUUUUAAUAACUUGAUAAUAUGACUUUUGAUAUUUGUUGAAAUAUAAGGGAUUAGAGGAAGUUAUUUAGAGUGAACCUUUUAGUGUACCAUUAUUCAUUUUUUUUUUCAGUACUUUAUGUAGCAGAUGUAAAACCUUUUUUAAAAAAAGAAAUAUACAUUUAUGAUAUCUAACGUGCUAAAAUUAAUAUGGCAUUUAGGUAAAAAAUAUUGAUUUAAACUAAGCAAUACAAGAUAUAUAUCUUUUUUAAAAAGGUUUUACACUAUAGAGCACUUCAAAUAAGUGUGCUUUUGCUAAGUGAGUAGAGAGUAUUACUGUUUUGCCACCAACACAGACACACUGCUAAAGUUUGCUUAAUUAAUGCAGUCUCUUCUAUCCAAGCCACUUCUAAGAUAAAUUUCUUCGUAAGCAAAUAAAGUGUACAAGUUAUUUAUGAUAUUCAUGUUUGUGGGGAGAAAAUCAAUACAAACUUGAAUCCUCUUUCUUCUCUGGCAUUUUUAUUGAUUAUAUUUUUUGUUAUUAAUAUCCAUGUUUACAGCUGUAAAUGUUUACAAGUUUUUAUCUAAGAUGGAUAAAAAUUGUUGUCAGGAGUUGUUAAAUAUACACUUCAACUUGGUUUAAAAAAUAAGAAAUGAUGUAAUGUUUGAUUUAAUAAUUAGAUGAGACUUAAAUGCCAUUCAUCAUAAGUAAAAAGGUAGCCUACAUAGUGUAAUUAAUGGUACAACUUUCUUGACAAUGGAAUAUUUUUGUAAAAAAAAAAAGAAGCAGUUAACAAUGUGUAGAAUGUAGGCUAGAUUUAUUAUUUUGUUCAUUCAAACUCCAUAAAAUAUGUUCCUCUACUUGACAUCUAACAAAACAACCAGAAAUUGUUGACACCUAACGAAACAGCCAGCAAUACUUACACCUAACAAAACCAGAAAUAAUUGACACCUAACAAAACAACCAGAAAUACUUACACCUAACAAAACAACAAGAAAUAGUUGACACCUAGCAAAAAAACCAGUAAUAGUUGACACCUAACAAAACAACAAGAAAUAGUUGACACCUAACAAAAAAAACAGAAAUAGUUGACACCUAACAAAACAACAAGAAAUAGUUGACACCUAACAAAAAAAACAGUAAUAGUUGACACCUAACAAAACAACCAGAAAAAAUUGACAC